UUUACCUCCAAAGUUCCAAUAUCAACUUCACCAACAUUCAAAAUUCCAUGUUUUGAAAAUGUAUAUAAUUGAAAAGCGCCACUUGAGCUACAUCGUGAAAUUGAAAGAACAUGCUUAUACUCAGUAGUCACUUAACAUUUCGGGUCACAAGAGAUAUACUGAGAAAUUUCUCGUAAUACUAUACUCCAUAUACUAAAAUCUAACCUAAGGUUUUACAGUAAAAUUUAAACAUAUUAUUAAGAAAAAAAACAUUGUUUUUAAAUAUUGACUUUGACAUUUUGACUUUGACUUUGAAGUUUGAUGUCUGAUUUGUGACAGCCUGAAGUGGGCGAAUUUCUGUUUUGCUUUUGUCUUCGGAGUUUCGAUAAAAUGAGACUGUGAAGUUCAACAAAUAUUUCAUGAUUGAAGAGUUAUGAUAUUUUUUACGUCUAUAUAUCAAGAAAAUGCAUUUUUCUAUUCCUGAUUUGCAACAGUUUCGCGACGACAACGGGAUCACUUAUACGGGCUACAACAUUUAUAUUGAUGGAUUCUUUCACUGCACCGCUCGGUACAAACAACUACUCAGCCUUCACGAACAAUUGCAGGCUCAAUACCCGCAUUUAAAGUUGUCUGGGUUUCCAUCCAAGAAAUUUUUCUUAACUAGUUCUCAGUUAGAGGAGAGAAGAAUAUUGUUAGAAAAAUAUAUACAAUUGGUUGGACAAAAUCCUGUAUUUGCAAAUUCGGGAAUUCUGAUCACAUUCCUAUUUUCGGCUCAACAGGAAACUCACUCUGUUCGAGUUCAUGUAGUAGACAUAGAAAUAUCUCUAAUGAAUGGCUAUAGAAUACCUCUGUCUGUGUCAUCUACAGAUUCUUCUAGUACCGUUUUAGAUAUUGCUUGUAAUUCUGUGAAUUUAUCAAAAGACUUGACAAAAUAUUUCUCUUUGUAUCUACUUAACUGGAGCUGUGCCAAAGAUGGGCAACCUUGUUUAAAGAAAUUAGAAGACUAUGAAUCUCCAUACAUAUCACAAAAAUAUGUCAGGCCUGAGGAUAAGAUUGUUUUAAGGAAAAGUUAUUGGGACCCUUGUUAUGAUAUGGACUUAAUGAUAGAUAGGGUAUCAUUAGACUUAUUAUACCUACAGCUUAUUGAAGAAGUAGAUUUGGGUUGGAUAAUUGCUGAUCAGCAAACCAAAGAAAUUCUGUCAUCAUAUGAAGCUCAAAAGCAAAAGCGAGAGUAUAUUGAACUUGCUCGUUCCCUGAGGCACUAUGGCAGCAUUCCAGCUGGGGAAGCUUUGACUGAUGCCGUGAACAUAGGUGAGGCGGAUACGACUGUUAUCCGUGCUCGAGUUUCCCUAGCAUCCAAAGAAUUAACCCUGACGAGUGUCACUCAUCCGAGCCAUGAACAGAGAUAUAAGGUCACUAGAAUGCGAUGCUGGCGUAUUACAACCUUACAUAAUGUCGAACGAUCGCAAGCAAAUGGCCACGAUUCUCUUCUCGAUGUACCGAGUAAAAACUUCGAGCUGUCAUUUGAAUAUCUCAUUAGCAAAGAUAAUUUAGUAUGGGUCACACUUCGGACAGAACAUGCAAUAUUCAUAAGUGUUUGUUUACAGUCGAUAGUAGACGAGUUGAUGCGUCAGAAGAGCGGUGAGGGUCCAACGUCCCCGCGCUGCAAGCGCGCCAGUCUCGCCUAUCUGCGGCGAGACGGCUCCACGCACCUCAUUACGCCAUCCUCCUCCAGUGACACGCUCAGCUCCGUGAAUGGCGAUUCAUCGGGUAGUUCAAGAGAAAUAUUUUCUGUUCAGAAGCUUACGGAAAAGUUUGCGUCAGUUGCCUUCAAAUCGGGAAAAGAUUGCGUGGAAAAUAACGCCUUCGAAGCGAUAGGCGACGAGGAACUUUAAAUUUAUUUCUAAAGAGUAAAUCUCUAUAAACUCCGUUGCCAAUACUGUAUAGAAUAUAUGCAUGCCCCAAUUAUCUCGAAUUUGUACAGAUAAUAAAUAAUAAUCCUUGUAAAGAUUUUCUAGUUAAAAAUUAGAAAUUAUAUUUAAGAAAAAGUACGGCUAUGAUUUUGUUUACUUAUAAUAUUGUCUAUUCCAAUCUAGGCCAUUAACUUGCCAUAUGUCCAUUAUGAAAUGUCGAAGAAUUGAUUUUAUUCAACCUAAAUGUAUAUUGCUUCAGUAUUUAAAUUUAUAUAUUUAAAAAAAAAAAUAAGAUUUUUUAUAUAUACAUUUCAUACAUUUUUAUGUAACUAAAAUUAUAUAUAUUUAUGUCUCAAAAUUAAUUUUAUUACAAUUAAGUAACGAAAAUGAAUAGGGUAAUAGCAUUUAAAUACUUUAAUGAUGAAGGUUUGGUGUGUUUGAGAGAGCUCAAUUAAACAUGAUUUUUUUAAUAUAUUUUUAAGAUCUAACAGUAGGAAAGCUAGACAACUAGUGUAAAAUCAAGAAAACAUUUUGUAACAGAUUUCAGUAGUAAAAUAGUACCUAAGUGUAGAUUAUAUUUCAAUUGAAAUCUCUAUGAUAAAUUUCAUAACAAUUGUAGUAGAAUAAUUUAAAUUUAAAGAGACUUAUUUUAUUUUUAAGAAAAUAAUACAAAUAUUUCGUACUGAAUGUAUUGAAAAGUAUUUUUUUAAGAUUUGCAGUCAAUUAUUUUAACCCUUGGCUGUUGAAAUUCCGCAAAGCAAGUCAAUAUGUUUGAUAGAGCGGUGUGCAUGACCUCGCCUGCCACCUACUGCUACAACAGUGUUCAACUAGCCAGACAAGUUCAUUCAAAAUAAUAUUAAAAAAUACAAAUUUUAAAAAAGACUACUAAUUUAUAUAAUACAAACUGGACUUAAUAGCUGUAUCGGAUCAACGCGAAAUUAUACGCCCAAUGAAUUGAUAGGAAUGUACUAUAAAUAUUGUUUUUUUCAUAAAACUAUAAUUUAAAUCAGCGUCAUUGACAUCAAUAAUAAACAGUAUCAAAAAUAAAAACGGUAAGGCGCAGGAAUUGGUCAAUAGAGUAUCAGGCAUCAGCAGCCGAGGGCCAUGACGUAAUUCAGUUAUAUUUCAUUUAUUUUUAUGUUACUGAAGAUUAUUAAUUAAUAUUUUAUGUAAUAAUACGUUGAAUUCUUUAUUAAAACAGACUGAAAUUUUAUUUAAAAUCAUUCAACGAAUGUAUUUAAAAUAUGAAGUCCGUGAUGUUAUAAUUUUUGUUAGUGUAAAGGUCCACAAAAAAUUGCGAUAGGAAGGCAAAACAACUGUUUAAAUAAUUAAAUGAAAUUUUAAUGAAUAUACCAAAAUAAUCGUGGAGUUUUGGUUCUUAAUUAAAUUUGCACGAAGUUUCAUUUUAUAUUUUGUUAUUGCAUCAUAUUAUAACAUAUAGAUUACCGUAGUUAUGUUAAUGUCCUUACUGGAUUGUAAUGUACUUCAGAUUGAGAAUUGCUUUUCUUCAACAUAAAUGUGUAUGGGGGUAAAACCUUGCUAACUUUGUAAAGUCACUUAAUUGGACUUAAUUGCAUUUGUUAGUAGAGUGUUUUUUUUUAUAAUUACACUAUAUUAUGUAUCUCAAUAAUCUCUUGAAUAAGUUGUGAAAUAUAGCAUGGACAUUAUCUUUCCUUAUGUUAAAUCCAAGUCUAUCUCGGGUCUUUUACUUAGUACCACAAUGCCCCUAUUUUGGUACAGUUUUAGUUAGAUUUUAUCAGUGAUAUUUUUUUUAAUGUAAAAAUGAGAAUUAUACAGUUACCUUUCAUCUAUUAUCUUAACAGGAUUGUAUUGUUCCCACAAAUGCUGUAGUAAACAAUAAGUUAAAAAAGUGAUUAAUGUUAUGUUUGGUUUAGUAGUUUUUGCAUGAGUCUCUAUUCAAUCUCUUUUAUUAAACAUGAUUUCUAAUGUCUUCUUAUAUUUUUAUGAAGUUCUUUUCAUUCUUUAUUUGAAAAUCACACCUAAUUUUAUAAAAAAACUUUUUCAAUCUGCUUUAAAUUUAAAUUCCAUUUGAGGCUUUUAUAAUUGAUAAAAUGUGAUUUAUUUGUAUAUAUAUUAUUUAUCCAAUUUUUAAAUAUUCUAACUCUAAUACAUAUUAAUGAUAAUUAAUUAUUAAAAAAAUGCUUAUGUUGAACAAAAUUGUUGGGAAUUGCAUGAAUAAUUUUAAGCAUUGUAAUUAUUAUGAAGUUUAUAAUUACUAUUGGAGUAAAAAUUAUUAUUUUAUUGGGACCAUUUUUUAAUGAAAUUUGUGUAUUGAUUAUAUACCUAACACCAAUUGUUUGCCUUUAAGGCUAUAAAUUACCAUAUUAUAUGCCAUAUUUUAUUAAUUAUAUUUUUUUUUAAAUAAAA